CGCCUGCGCGCUGCGGAGGCGGCGGCGGCGGAGCGGCCUGAAGCAGCCCGCGGGGAGAGCGGGCGGCGGCUGCGGGGGUUCGGCGUGUCGCGUCCCUGGGCGGCCGUGAUCGUGCGCCACGAUGCCUGCGGUGUCGAAGGGCGAUGGCAUGCGAGGCCUGGCGGUCUUCAUCUCCGAUAUCCGCAACUGCAAAAGUAAAGAGGCAGAGAUAAAGAGGAUAAAUAAAGAACUAGCAAACAUUCGGUCAAAAUUUAAAGGUGACAAGGCCCUGGAUGGUUACAGUAAGAAAAAAUAUGUCUGCAAACUGCUCUUCAUCUUUCUGCUGGGGCAUGACAUUGACUUCGGUCACAUGGAGGCUGUAAAUCUGCUCAGUUCCAAUAGAUAUACAGAGAAACAAAUUGGCUAUCUGUUCAUCUCCGUGCUGGUGAACUCCAACAGCGAGCUCAUUCGCCUGAUAAACAAUGCCAUCAAGAACGACCUGGCCAGCCGGAACCCCACCUUCAUGGGCCUUGCUCUGCACUGCAUUGCCAACGUGGGCAGCCGGGAGAUGGCGGAAGCAUUUGCUGGAGAAAUUCCCAAAAUUCUUGUGGCUGGAGACACUAUGGAUAGUGUGAAGCAAAGUGCUGCUUUAUGCUUGCUGCGUUUGUACAGAACUUCUCCUGACCUUGUUCCCAUGGGAGACUGGACAUCUCGAGUGGUGCAUCUCCUCAAUGACCAGCACUUGGGUGUGGUUACUGCAGCUACAAGUCUGAUCACCACUUUGGCACAGAAGAACCCGGAAGAGUUUAAGACUUCAGUCUCCUUGGCAGUGUCUAGAUUAAGCAGAAUUGUAACUUCUGCAUCAACAGACCUUCAGGACUACACAUACUACUUUGUUCCUGCUCCCUGGCUAUCUGUGAAGCUUCUGAGGCUGUUACAGUGCUAUCCCCCUCCAGAAGACCCUGCGGUACGUGGCCGUCUGACAGAAUGCCUGGAAACCAUCCUCAACAAAGCACAGGAGCCACCAAAGUCAAAGAAAGUGCAACACUCGAAUGCGAAGAAUGCUGUCCUGUUUGAGGCAAUAAGCUUAAUUAUACAUCAUGACAGUGAGCCAAACCUACUAGUCCGUGCCUGUAACCAGCUAGGUCAGUUCUUGCAGCACCGAGAAACUAAUUUGCGUUACCUAGCACUGGAAAGCAUGUGCACGCUUGCCAGCUCUGAAUUCUCACAUGAGGCUGUGAAAACACACAUAGAAACAGUUAUCAAUGCAUUGAAGACUGAAAGAGAUGUAAGUGUACGACAAAGAGCUGUAGAUCUCCUGUAUGCAAUGUGUGACCGAAGCAAUGCCCAGCAGAUUGUGGCUGAAAUGCUCAAUUACCUGGAGACUGCUGAUUAUUCCAUUAGAGAAGAAAUUGUUCUGAAAGUUGCAAUUCUUGCUGAGAAGUAUGCAGUGGAUUACACCUGGUAUGUGGAUACAAUCCUGAAUCUGAUUCGCAUUGCUGGUGACUAUGUCAGUGAAGAAGUGUGGUACCGAGUUAUUCAGAUUGUCAUCAACAGGGAUGAUGUGCAAGGAUAUGCAGCAAAGACUGUUUUUGAGGCCCUUCAAGCUCCAGCAUGCCACGAGAAUCUUGUAAAAGUAGGUGGCUACAUCUUGGGAGAAUUUGGAAAUCUGAUAGCGGGUGAUCCAAGAUCAAGUCCCCUCAUCCAGUUCAACUUGCUACAUUCCAAGUUUCAUCUGUGUAGUGUUCCUACCCGAGCUCUGCUUCUGUCUACCUACAUCAAGUUUGUGAACCUCUUUCCAGAAAUCAAAACUACAAUUCAAGAUGUGCUGCGCAGUGACAGUCAGCUAAAGAAUGCUGAUGUUGAGCUGCAGCAGAGAGCUGUUGAGUAUUUGAGGCUCAGUACUAUUGCUAGUACUGAUAUAUUGGCUACAGUGUUGGAAGAAAUGCCUCCCUUUCCAGAGAGGGAAUCUUCCAUUUUGGCUAAGCUGAAGAAGAAGAAAGGCCCAGGCACAGUUACUGACCUGGAAGAGAUCAAAAAGGAAAGGAGCCCUGAUAUGAAUGGAACUGCUGAAUGUGCCACUGAACUUACUACUCCUUCUCCAGCGGAGGAUCUGCUGGGUCUGGGUGCUGCCCCUGUCACCAAACCAGAUCCCCCACCUGCCUGUCCUGGUACCCUGCUCGUGGAUGUAUUUUUAGAUACAGCUUCUCCAGUUGCACCUCUUGCUCCUGGUUCUGAUGACAACUUUGCGAGCCCUGACCUGGCUUCAUCUGAGGUAGUUUCUGAGGAACCAGCUGAUACUGUGCAUGAUGCUGAUGAGCUUUUUCACAAGUUUGUGUGUAAAAAUAAUGGAGUCUUAUUUGAAAAUCAGUUGCUACAGAUUGGCUUGAAAUCCGAAUUUCGACAGAACCUGGGACGUAUGUUCAUAUUCUAUGGUAAUAAGACAUCAACACAGUUCUUGAAUUUUACUCCAACAGUAAUCUGCUCAGAUGACCUUCAGUCAAGCCUGAAUCUUCAGACAAAACCUGUUGACCCCACAGUGGAUGGAGGUGCACAGGUUCAGCAGGUUGUGAACAUUGAGUGCGUGUCAGACUUCAUGGAAGCUCCAAUCCUGAACAUUCAGUUCAGGUACGGCGGAACAUUUCAAAAUCUUUCAGUAAAAUUACCUAUCACUCUGAAUAAAUUUUUCCAGCCAACAGAGAUGUCUUCUCAAGACUUUUUUCAGCGUUGGAAGCAGCUGAGCAAUCCCAAACAGGAAGUACAGAAUAUCUUUAAAGCAAAGCACCCAAUGGAUGCAGAGAUCACAAAAGCAAAGAUAAUUGGAUUUGGAUCAGCUCUGCUUGAGGAGGUAGAUCCCAAUCCCGCUAACUUUGUUGGUGCUGGUAUUAUACACACAAAAACCACUCAGAUUGGAUGCUUGCUGCGCCUUGAACCCAAUCUCCAGGCACAGAUGUAUAGGCUCACACUACGAACAAGUAAAGAAGCUGUAUCUCAGAGAUUAUGUGACUUGCUGUCAGAACAGUUUUAAUAUUAACCAUGUCAGUUUUGGUUUUUCCACUUAUAUCACUGUCAUCAUACUGCAAAUAAAUGUCUUGUACAUCA